AUGAUCAGUGAAUCACGAAGAACUGCAGAGAAAGGAAGAAAAGUCUUCUUUUGCUCUUACUCAACAGAAUUUUAGCUUAGUAAGAAGUAGCAUGCUAAAAGUGACUUGGUGCAGGUGUGCUGAAUUGCUGUAGUUGGCAUUGUAAUGUAAAAAGAUUCAACAAAUUAUUAAAAGUUCUCUGGCCUGGAGGUCUGUGAAACAUCAAUUCAAAGUGGAUGCUUCUCUUCUAGCCCUGAAAUCAUAGAUUUUUUUAUGGAAUGGGGACACCAUAAUAAGACACUUAAAUAUAUGAAAACCGGAACUUUCAUGCAGUUGAAGUGUAAUUAAAAUUCAGCUCAUUAUGUGAUCUAGAAAAAGAAAUCUAGAAGCCAGCUUUCCUGAAACUACUAGUAAAACUGAGGUAAGAUGGGUCAAGGCAACAGCAACCCUUUACGGGAGAACCUGGAGUCCCUUCACAACCAGCUGAUGAGACAAGCUGGUGCCGAUUAUGACAUUGCCACCACCACCACACUCACCUACGACCACUUCCUGGGAUACAUUACACAGCUGAAUCAAAUAUGCAGAGAGUACAAAGAUAGCGAGGGUCACGUCCUUGUAUUUGCUGUGAAGAAAGGUACAGACUCCACCAUAUUUUGGAAAGCAACAGUUCGUAUUGCAUGUGUGAAACUCAAUACAUCAACGAAUAAAGUCUUGUCUUACAGGCUUCUCAAUAUACGACAAUUUCUACAGGUAUUCCGUCGUAUAACAUACGAGUGCACAGGUGGUUCCUUAGGUGGUGUUGAAGGCAUGCUUGGUGUUGAUUCUGCAGAUGGCAGUUCAGGUGUGCGGCGCGAGGCAGUGCCCGUCCCUCCUACUAUGGCAGCGUCGAUGGUCCUAGGAAGGAUGCAGGAGCUCCAGGGUGGGACAGAGAACCCCUUGCAGGAGGAAGAUCUGCGAAGCGACGGCGCCACGGGAACCUGCGGAACGAGCCUGGAGGAGUGCGUCAUCUGCCUGGAGAGACGACCUGACGUGAUCCUCCCCUGCGCCCACGCCUACUGCCUCCCCUGCAUCGAGCAAUGGUGGGAAUAUGCUAGCCCCUCCUCUCAAGAAUGUACUUCCAGCAGUGUUGUGUACUCCAUGUCUGUUGUGGAUAAGACAUGCCCUGUGUGUCGCGAAUCGUUGAAGAGCACAGACGACACUUGGGUAUUGUCGGAAGUGCCAGAUGAUGACCAGGUCAACGAAGAGAUCCGCAGAACGUUGAUCGGCUUGGCAGGAGACAAGGCUCAGAGUCCCAUGUAAAAAAGCUGAAGAAGGAAUUAAGAGAAGAGAGUAUAAAUGAACUAAGAUAAGUAAGAGGAAUGAAAACAAACAGGAAUUGUAAAAAAUGAUGCUGAAUUUCUUUUUCUUUGAAACUGUAAAUAGCAAAUACAGUGCAUUAAGUUCAGAUUUUAUGAUACAUAAUUACUCUGAGUCAUUAUUAUGAGUGAAUAACAUUUUUACAUAGAGAAUACCAUACUCCAUGAAAUAGUAUAAGCUAGAUAUUCCUGAUUUAAUAGAGCUGGCAUAAUAAAGGAUUUUAACAUUAAAGAAAAAGGAGAUAAGGGUAUAAAAGUUCAAAAGUGUAUAGCAACACAGGAGAGAAAACAACAGCAAAGAAAAAUUAUACAAUACGUUUCCUUCAACCAUGAUUGAGGACUUUCAUAGGAUGUGUCCAAAUGUUGUGAUGUUAUUAACAGUGUGGAGGUGUGUGAAAUGUUUUAUUUGAAAAUUUAGAUAAAUAGAUGAGUGAAUAAAUUUACAGGAAGAAAAGGCUCUGAGUUUCAAGUGCCUCAAAGAAAAGUCUGUAUAGAUUGAGAAUCUCAGAAUUACACAUGUUAUUAUCAAUAUUAUUACUAUUAUGAUAUGGGCAAAAAAAUGUAUUCCCAUUUCCCAAGACAAAAUCCAGCGGGUGGAGAUCAGUAAAGCUAAUUUACAAGAGGUCAGUUGUUUAAUCCAUUGCUUCAAAAUCAUGCUAUGUUUCAGCUGUCAUAAUAACUGUGUAGUUAUUAUGACAGCUGAAAGGAUGACACUCCAAAUGCCAAGCAAUCAGGCAUUAGAUUCUUUCAGGACUAAAAAUCAAAGGAAGAUUAUUCACAUAUGCUUUUCCUCACAUUACGUGUUUGUGUUCAUUGUUUUCCUUUGAUCCUGAGUUUUCAUUCUUGCCUCACUUUCAUUUGACUUUUGUGUAAACCAAACAUGUCGCUGUGAACUCGACGACGAAAAUUACUUUACUGGCUCAUAGUUUGCCUGCGGACUCUGCUAUGGCAAAAGUUAUUGUACUAUGAAUAUGUAAAUAUAUAUAUAUA